GGUUCGACCUUCUGCAGUCGGUAAGAGGGAUAUGUUAGACAUUGUCCAUUGUAAAUCCUUUUUCAUCCUUCUUUAAAACAACACCCAGCACAACACAAAAAGACCCGGCUUCAAUCAAAUUUGACCGACCAGGUUAAAACAGACUAAAUUGAUCAUGUACGCCUGUGCAAAGUUCGUCUCCACGCCGGCUCUGGUCCGUGCUGGCUCCCGGGCUUUUUACAGACCCCUGUCUGCCUCUAUGCUGUCCAGGCCUGAGGUCAAUACAGAGAGAAACGUAGCCCUCAUGCCACAGAGCCCCUUCACCCAGGUAGCUCUCAGAGGCUUCCAGACCAGUGCUGUGAGCAGGGACAUUGAUACCGCUGCCAAAUUCAUUGGUGCUGGAGCCGCCACAGUCGGAGUGGCUGGAUCUGGUGCUGGAAUUGGAACAGUGUUCGGCAGUCUCAUCAUUGGAUAUGCCAGGAACCCAUCAUUGAAGCAGCAGCUCUUCUCCUACGCUAUCCUGGGAUUCGCCCUGUCUGAAGCCAUGGGCCUAUUCUGUUUGAUGGUUGCUUUCUUAAUCUUGUUUGCUAUGUAAAAAAUCUGUCUAUAGGAACUGUAAUUACAGAUGUGACUACAUAUUUUAUCGUGGCAACCAAAAUUGUUUCCGUGUUGGUGUCAUGGAAAUGUACAUUUUCAAGUCUGUCCGACACUCAAAAUAACAGAAACAUGUAUUGUAAAAAUGUAAGAAAUUACAUAAUUAAAAUGCAUGUAUUUGACUAGUUGA